ACCAAUGACCUCAUGUUGAAAUCCUCCCACAGUUGUUUGUUAGUCUCUUCCUCAAGGGUUAAAGUGGACGUGCAGUCUAUGUAAGACAGACUCAGUGUUGGAUGUGAAGAUGGGACAACGCUUUGCUCUGCGCGCUGGGGUUAUUCUUGCUGAACACACUUCUACAAUGCUGUCACGCUCAAGAAGCUGCAGUGACUCUCAAGACCAACUGGUCCACUUUAUACAGGGGGGAAACUGUGACGCUCAUAUGUGACGCAAAUGAUGGCAACGACACUGACUGGAGUUACACGUUCACCAGGAAUAACACACAACUUGGUUGCCGCAAAACAAAGAAGUCUUGCUCAUUCAAGCUCAUGAAAAAACACUCUGCCGAUUACCAGUGCAGUGGUAGAGUAAAGUAUCAGAAGAGUGAGAUAGUCCGUCUGACUGUAUUAGGUAUUCCAAAACCUGUUCUCAAUGUGUCUCGUUCAUGGCUGAGUCCUGGAGCCGCUGUAACUCUGAACUGCAGUGUUAACGAUUCAGCACCAGGCUGGAGGUUCUACUGGUAUAAGGCUGUUGCCAAUCUGUCGAUCAACUCCAACUACAGUUAUGAGCUUCUACCAGGCAACAGCAAUGGGACUGAACACAACACCUACGUUGUUACUGGACAGACAGACACAGCAGGGUAUGCAUGCAGGGCUGGAAGAGGAAACCCUGUGUUUUACUCUUGGUAUAGCAGACCAAGGUUUGUCUGGUCUGGAGAUUCUCUUGCACUAUCAGUCAAAGUGAGUCCUGACCGAGUGCAGCACUUUCCCUCAGAGCCUGUGUCACUGAGCUGUGAGUGGGGCCCUGAUAAGUGGAGAGUGAUGAGGUUUACUGAAAGACUAUAUCUGUCAAACUGCGCCGACUGGGGGACAAAGAACGGAACCACAUGGACCAUCACAAAUCUUCAAAUCCCAACAGCAGUGUACUGGUGUGAGUUUGCAUCUGGUCAAUUCAGCAAUGCAGUCAACAUAACUAUGCAAAAUGAUAUUAGGCUGGUGAGCCCUGUCCAUCCUGUGACUGUAGGAGAUUCGGUUUGCCUUAGUUGCAAAUUGCAAAAGAUUGCAAAGAGCGGAUCACCACCUUCUAAGGUUUCUUUCUAUCUGAAUGAUCAUCUCAUCCAAAAGGACACCAGUGCCGAGCUGAAGAUCGCUGCAGUGUCAAAGUCACACGAAGGCUUCUACAAGUGUCAAUACGCAGACAAAAAGUCAGCACGGAGUUGGUUGUCAGUAAAAUCAGCAUCCAGUCCUGGAAAAAGGAAGAGCCCAAUUCUUCUGCUAGCGGUCAUUGGGUCGGUCUGUGGGAUUCCUGUGUUGAUUCUCCUUCUUCUAUCCUGUUUCUGCAUGAAGUCCAAAGAUUCAAGCAGCAGGUCUGUACAACUCUGUGGACUUGAAAGACCACACUGUUUCAGAGAACCAAUCAGAGCUCUGCUCCAGAUCAAGCGGUUCAUCUGAAUGAAACUCAACCACAUCAGCCUCCCUCUCAUCUCCAAGACAAAGUCGACAAUGUGACAUACUCCCUGAUUCUGCAUAAAAACAUUAGAGGAACAGGUGAGUAAUCAAGGUACAAGCGAUACAUACUGUUUGCUCCUAUUUGUCAGUCAGAAACAUGUUAUGCUGACAAACUAUAUUAAUAUUCUUCAUAUCUAUUCAUAGACUAUCCGUCGGCUGCAGUAACAGAAGAAACGAUUUAUUCUGAAGUGAAACUAGACACAGCUCUUGGUAAUAACGCUGCCAUGUCGUCUUCCUUUAAAUUAAAAAACAGUCAAAAUGUAAGUAACCUUUGGUCUCUGCUUCCUCUCUUAUUUCCCCCCAGGUCCAUAAAGGGAUUUCUUUUGCUUAUUUUAUACAUCAUGAACGUUUGUUUGUAUUUCUAGCAUGGAUUAAUACUGUAUGUUUUUACCUGGAGGUUUUUGUUUUUUUUAAAUCUUCAACUUUUGUACUACAGCAAUAAAAAACGUUUUCAGCAACAA